CCUUAUCCACUCGCAGCUCCAUUCCCCUCCCACUCGACACCACUCCCCCACUCUCCCUUUUCAUCGCCGGAUUAGAAGACGGCCGGCCGAAUCAUGGCGUCGCGCGGCGGAGGCGGGCCGGAGCGGCUGGGGCGGGAGCUGGGCCUCGAGGACACCUGCGUCCACGCGCACGAGAUGAGGCCAGCGAGCGGGGCGGGCGCUAGGUCAACGCCCACCCGUGCUGGAGGUUGGGGACGCCGGCGGGCAGGCGAGGCAGGGGAGGCCGGACCCUUCGGCGGCGAGCACGGGACGACGACGAACGUGGGAGAUCCGGAAGAGGGCGGCUUGAGCCAGUCGCGGCGGCCGCCACGGCGCCGGCUUCUCCCGCCGACCUCAUCUGAUGCGCGGCCGCCCGGAGGCGACAACGGCAUCCUGCGGCGCGGCGCCCUCCACGGCGACAGCUUCUUCCGCCGAUCUCGUCCGAUGCGCAGCCGCCCGGAGGCGAGGACGCCAUCGUGCGCCGCGAAGCCCUCCACGGCGACGGCUUCUCCCGCCGACCUCGUCCGAUGCGAGGCCGCCCGGAGGCUCCGCCAUCCUGCGCCAGGGCAUCGGCUUCUCCUAGCACAGCGACCAUACGCUGCCCAUGGGCAACGGGCACAUCCUCAUCAUCUUCUCCGGCCGCUUGGAUGCCGUCAGUUGAAGAUAGUCUUCCUGAACAGGUGAUGAGAUGCUAAUGGACUAGAUUUCCUUGGCAAUUCUAGGAAACUAUAGUUCAUGGACACCCCCAAAAUGUAUAGUUCAUGACAAUCAAAUUAUGUCUUUUGCCAUCGAAGCUCAAGUUUUACAUGUGUUAAUUUGUUUCCAUCGAAACUUAAUUGCCAUGCUUGUGUCUUUUCUUUAGGGUACAUUACAGAUAUAUCACAUUCUUUUUGCCAUGACAACUUUUGAUUUUGGAUAUGUCCCCAUCGAAACUUCAUUCCCAUGCUUGUGUCUUUUGUUUAGGGUACAUUAUAGAUUUAUUGCAUUCUUGCCAUGGCAACUUUUUAUUUUGGAUAUGUCCCCAUUGAACCUUAAUUGCCAUGCUUGUGUCUUUUCUUUAGGGUACAUUACAGAUAUAUCACAUUCUUUUUGCCGUGACAACUUUUGAUUUUGGAUAUGUCCCCAUCGAAACUUAAUUGCCAUGCUUGUGUCUUUUGUUUAGGGUACAUUAUAGAUUUAUUGCAUUCUUGCCAUGGCAACUUUUUAUUUUGGAUAUGUCCCCAUUGAAACUUAAUUGCCAUGCUUGUGUCUUUUCUUUUAGGGUACAUUACAUAUUUAUUGCAUUUCUUUCCAUGGCAACUUUUGAUUUUGGAUCAUAACGCAAAUUUAUUGUCUUUUUACCAUAGCGGUACACCAUGGGAACUAAUCUUAUACUUUUUGCCAUCUAAACUUUAAAAUUUUAGUUUUUUUAUCAUGGCAAAUUUAGUUCUUGGAUCAUGGCAAAUUCAUUGCUUUCUUCCCAUGGCAAUUUUUGGUUUUUUAAAUUGUCGUUAUAAUUCUUUAAAUUGUCAAAAACAACACAAAAUGGCAAAUAUUGCCAUGCCAAGUUUUACUAAUUAUUUCACCCUUAUUAAGAUGGCGAAUUUAGCUAAAUUCCCAUGGCAAUUUUUUAACUUUUAUUGCCAUGGCAAGUUUACUAUUUAUUUGCCUUGGCAAAUGUACCUAAAUCCCCAUGGCAAUAUCUAACUUUUAUUGUCAUGGCAAGUUUUACUAUUUAUUUGACUUUUAUUAACAUGGAAAAUUUACCUAAAUCCCCAUGGAAAUAUCAAACUUUUAUUGCCAUGGCAAGUUUUACUAUUUAUUUGCCAUGGCUAAUAUACCUUUUAUUUCCCAUGAAUUUUUUUAUUUAAUUUCAUGGUAUUUUUAAUUUUUGUCACUCAUGGCAAACAUACUUCUAUGCAGCAUGGCAAGUUUUACUUUUAUUUUUUCAUGGCAAAAAUACUUAGAAAACACGGCAGUUAUUACUGAACAAUAGAUUGCGCAGUUUUUAUUUUGUGCUUUGGCAAAUUUAUACAGUAAAAAUAGCAUACAAAAUUUUAAUUCAUAUUUUCUUUCCAUCAUGGUACAUAUGCAAACUGCCAUGAUUUUUUUCCCAUUUUGUGCCAUUGCAUAUGUUCUUGCCAUCAUGGGACAGAUGCAAAAAUUGUUUAUAAUGAUGAUGGCAAUUUUUGGUUUGGAACCAUUGGGAUUCUUUUAGUAGUAUCUUGUUUUCCAUUUUCUAUCUACCAUGACAUUUUUUGGGACUUUUUCAGUGAUGGCAAGUUCAUAUGCAUCCACACUGCACAUUUGCCAUGUUUUUUCUUGGGAAACAACAAAAAUUGCCAUGGCAAAUUCAUACAUUUUGACAUCUUUGCAAACAAGAUCUUUCUGGUUCAUUCAUAUUAUAGCGGUAUAGAUCUCAUGGUUCAUUCAUACAUUUUUUUUAUUUUUGCAGCAUUUUGUGAUUUUUUUCAUUGCGUGGCAAAAUCUAGCCUUUAUUAGUCACAUCCAGUAGUGGGCUUUUUUGGUCACAGUAAAAAUUUGCACAAUCUGGGCUUCUCUUUACUGUUCUUUUUUUACAACGAAAAGGCCCCCGAGGUAGGUGUUCGGGCUGGGUCACUCUCGUCCCGAACGCAUGCGUUCGAUCGGUGCCUCCCACAAGACCGAACGAAUCGUUCGGUUUGGGGCUUCUCGAGACCGAACGUUUCGGCAGUUAUCGGGGUCCAUAUUAAUUUCACAUGGAUGGGGUGAAGAGGGAGCUGAACUGCCGAUCCCUUAUAAAUGGGCUUGAUUUUGAGAGAACACAUUAGUUGUGGCUAUGAUGCCUGUUUGAAUGAUCAAAUAAUACUUCACUUCCGAGAUGACUAUACAGCUGAAAGGUAUAUGUAUUAGUAAGAUAUUUGAAGAAUACUGAGUACAUGAUUUUUAUGGUACCUUGGUGCCCCGUGAGAAGGAUAGGUGUACUAUAAGGUAGCGGAUGAGCUAAAUCACUCUGUAUUGGCCAAGACAACACAAAACCGAAAAAAGCACACUUCACAUGUUGCAAUCAACUGACCUGUUUGUUUUCAUAACAUGGACUAGGCAGCAGAUUUCUGAAAAUUGAAAUGUGCGCCCGCCCAACUGGAUUUGCCUCGUUGAGAUGGCAGAAAGCACACCAACUGAACUGACGUGGGAGAAAAACUUCAUGAAGAUGAUAGCUCAUAGAGAAGAUUUUCUUCCUGUUUUCUCUGAAGAUACACGUAAAUAUUCUGAAAGCAAAACAACUUGUUCUGUUUUUUAGUUGCAAAACAACAUGUUCAAUGAGAAGGUACAUUUCACAGUAAUUUUACUACUGAAACAGUGUAACUAAUUCAGAUAGAAGUGUUUGUCCAGUUGCACAGCACUAUUGCAGAGUUGCGGCAUCUUUUUACUAACAAAAUAGUUCACGCUCUCAGACCUUAUGAUAUCUUCAAGCAUGCAACCAUUAUGAUAAGCAAUGUUCAUGGGACGCGGCUAGCUUCACCGGUUCAACAUUGUUAGUCAUGCAGGACGUGAGAUGAGCACUCCAUAAGGAUAGAUGGUGUGAAAGUUCGUUUCCACCAUUAUAAAAGGACCAUUGCUUUACAGGGAGACCUGAUUCAGGGAGGAUAAUUGGUCCCAACUAUGUGAUGAGACGAGUAUACAGUUGAAAGGCACGGCAUAAUUCAGAUGAGGCAUUAGAAUAAUACUGAAGAAAUGGGUCUAGAGCAUGUAGGUACGGAAGAGCUUUAGGUAGAUCUUCAAGGUCGCUUGCAUCCAAUGGCCACCCGUCGCAUACGUA